UCCAUCUGCUGCCGCUUUAGUUAUGGCGUCCCGAGUACCUAAUCUUGGCGUUCAAGAUGGGCUGGACUGAUCUGUGGAGCUGCAAAGGGCACAGUUUGACCGGCGUGCGUAACGCAGACUCUGCGGGCAGUGUGUGAAGAUGGCCCUGAACUAUGUGUGCCUGUCCGCCGGCGAUCAAGGGAACAGGGUGGCGUACCGCUUUUCCCAAGGCGACCUCAGCCCUUCGGCCUUAGCUUUGGCGAUGGUGUCUGGAGACAGCUUCCUCCUGGCCAGGCCUGAGGCGAUUCAGCCAAGACCUCGGCAGGCGGUGCGUCCAAGCGUUCGGACCGACAGCCGUCGAGUGCCUGGUGGCGGCCGGAGCCGAAGCCGCCAAAUCAGAUUCUCUCCAUACCCAGUCCCUGCCGUCAAACUCGACCUCUUACGAACUGUGCUCCAGCAGCGCCUGAUUGCGCUUGGAAGUGUCAUCGCAACUCGAAUUUCAGUUUAAAACGAAUGCCUCCCCUCAGUUAGCUUACGAACAAGGCCUCUCUA